ACUUAUCAACGUAAGGUAUUGAUUAACAACAUUAAAUACCUGACAUAUUAAUUCCCAGCAGCGUUUAAGCAUUGACAAAGUGAAAGAAUGACAAACCUCCAAGUAAUAGGAGCAGGGUUGGGAAGGACGGGAACCAUGUCCAUGAAGUUAGCUCUGGAAGAAAUUGGUUUCGGACCAUGCCAUCACAUGGUGGUCACGUUUGGGCAAGAAGGAUGUUUUAAAUAUUUCAAUAACAUAUUGAAAGACAAGGAAGUCGAGGAAUCCAUUAAAGCGGUAUUCAAAGAUUUUGUCGCAGCGGUAGACUAUCCGGGAUGUAUGUUCUAUGAGGAGUUGAUGAAACUGAAUCCAGAUGCUAAGGUGAUCCUCAAUGUACGAGAUUCUCCGGAAGCUUGGGCUAAAUCUUCAGGCGACACUAUUUUCAGUGCGAACCAAGCUAAUUGGCUCGUGUCACAACUGAAAGUCUUCAUGUUCCAAAUGUUUAUGCCAAUUCACCUCUACUUAAUACACAAGAUAAUGGAAAAGCAAAGUGUCCACGGAGUCGCUCCUACUGAUCCGGAUACUGAUCUAGCUCAGAUGUACACAGACUGGAACAACAGAGUUAUUGAGACUGUGCCUGCUGAAAAACUCUUGAUAUUCAAUGUGAAGGAAGGAUGGAAGCCACUGUGUUAUUUUCUUGGGGUCCCAGUUCCUGAUACACCGUUUCCCAGGGUGAACAGCACGGAGCAGUGGCAGAAUAAAGUUUCUGGAAUGAUGAAGGGAAACAUAUUGAAUGCUCUGACUAGAGUCGUAGUGGCUGGACUCAUAUUUGCUUGCGGGUAUUACCUUCUUGUAGGAUUCUAGUGGUAUGGUCAUUUUUAUGCUCGAUUUUUAUGCUCGAUUUUUAUGCUCGAUUAUAAUACAAAUUUGAUUAUUUUAC